GAAGCAGUCAAUGAAGUAAAACGGCAAGCAAUGACUGAGUUGCAGAAGGCAGUGUCAGAGGCAGAACGGAAAGCCCAUGAUAUGAUUACUUCAGAGAGAGCUAAAAUGGAGCGCACAGUGGCAGAGGCCAAGCGACAGGCUGCAGAAGAUGCACUAGCUGUGAUCAAUCAGCAAGAGGAUUCUAGUGAGAGUUGCUGGAACUGUGGCCGUAAAGCCAGCGAAACCUGCAGUGGUUGCAACACCGCACGCUACUGUGGCUCAUUUUGCCAACAUAAAGACUGGGAGAAACAUCACCACCUCUGUGGACAGACUCUGCAGGCCCAGCCACAAGGGGAGACACCAGCAGUUAGCUCCUCCGCAACACCGAAUAGUGGAGCCGGGAGCCCCAUCGACACCCCACCAGCAGCUACUCCUAGGUCAAAUACCCCUGGAACUCCAAGCACCAUAGAGUCAACUCCUCGCUAAGACUGAACUUAAAAAUACUUAAAGACAAACAAAUACAAAACAAAACAAAAUCCUCAUCCUCAGAUACUCAAAAGUUUCUACUGAACUUUCACAUUUCAAUAUUAUAAAAGAAAUUAUACUGUAUCUUGAGGUAGAAGUAAAACCCAGAAGGCCAGUAACGGGUCAUAAUGACUUCUUCUGGAUAACAAAGAUAUCUUUUCUUUAGGAAAUGGAGAAGAUUGAACACACACACAAUGAUAGAUUUGACCUCCUCCCUGUUAUUUUCCAGUAGCUGGGAUUUUAAACUAGGUGACCUCAUUAACACGAUGCUUUACCAAACAGCAAACCAAGAGAUUGCUAAUUGCUGUUGAAAGCAAAAAUGCUAAUAAUAUAAAGUCACAAUGUUCUUUGUAACAAUAAUGGAUUUUUUUAACUGCGAGAAAGAGAGAGAGAAUGAGAGAGAGAGAGAGAGAAAGAAAGAAAAAGAAAGAAAGAAAAAGAAAACAAACCCCCUCAUGGGCUUAAGCAUUGGAUAAAGCAGCAGACAUUUUAAUAAGAUGAAUAGCGUCCAUGGGUUACUGACUUGAACUCUGAAGACCCGUAUCAAAAACACGCAGAUGUGCAGCAGAUUGGAAGGAGACACAGAUGUUCAUUUUUUUUUCUUGUUUCUGAAUGAAAUAAUAAUAUCCAGGUCAACAGAAUGAAAAAUGGAAGAUGAUUGCAGUGGGAUGAAGGACUUAAAAGAGCAGCAAAGGAAAAAAAAUGCCAUCAUACAAAGAUCUCCUCUUCUUUUUUGUCCUUUGUUUCAUUUGUUUGGUGGGGAUUUUUUUCUGUUUUGUUUUGGUUUUGUAUUUUUUUUUAGAACAGAAAUAAGAACACAGCCUGCAGUUAAUUAGCAUUUUGGCAGCUAUAAUAUCAACCAGCUGCCUCUAUCCUUCCCCCUCUCAAAAAGGAAAAAAAAGCUUCAAAAUUUCCUUCACUUUUUUACAAGCUUCCACGGAGGAAGACCGUCGGGUCUGUUCCACCUCAUUCAUUUUUGUAUCAGCAAUGAUGACAAUGCAGUGACUCCAGCUCCAGAUCCCAUCCAAAUUCUUUCCAUCUCAACCUGUCUGGGUUUUUAAUUUAAAAAAAAAAUUAAAAAUAAGGAAAAAUAUAAUAGUUCUCUUGGUGUUAAAGCACUUCUGUCCUGUGAGGUUUCCCAAUUGUGUUUUUUUUUCCUUGUAAAUGUGUUGGGGCAAAUGUGAAAACGCAUUGUAGUUAACUAUGCUCACAUUUAAGUCUUCUUUAUUACUAGUAGGUGAGAAACUUUCUAUGCUGCUUUUAUAUCUGUCUGUAGUAGUAAUAUUUCUCUAGAAGGUCAAAAGAAAAAAAAAAGAAAUCCCCCUCCUUUUUUCAUUUCUCCUGAAGAAAAGAAAAGGAAUAAAGCUAUCUUUCGGAGCUGCUAUUUCACUCUCUUAUAGGGGGAAAAACAUUCUGAAAACUAGCAUGCUUCCUGGAAUGCUAACAUAUUGGUGUUUUUCUAAGAGGGAUGUACAUAAAUGUAUUUUGCACUGUCAUAAUGACUCCUAGGCAUGCUUUUUUGGGGCAAACUCUUUUUAAAGAUGCUAGAGCCAUUUCACCGAAUUUAUCUGUAGGUUAGAAUAGUGGUGGGUUAUUUUUAAUUUUUCUCUCCCCUCCUUUUUUUGUUUUUUUUCUUUUCUGUUUUUGCAAAAUUCAUUAAUAUGUAUUUUAUAAAAAAAAUAAAAAUAAAACAGGCUAUCAUACUUUUUUAAUAAAAAAGCAGUGCAUGCAUUAUCACUGUAAGGUUGUACGGUAUUUCUGAUUUUACAAAAUAGAAAUUAUGAUGAUUAGAGCUCCAAAUGCUGAGAUGUAGAUUGACAGCUUUAACACUGCUGAAUGCCAGGUUUAUAUUACAGUAUUAUUACAAAAAAAAAAAAAAAAAGGGAAGUCAGCCAAAGACUGAUUUGAUGGACCAAAAUCUGAGUUCUGAAAGCAUCGUUUCUACUUUCCAAAUUAUCAGCAGGUUAAACAUAUUCAGCAAAGACAUAAUGUACACUCAUUUAACCCUUCAUUGUCCACUGUCUAGGCCAGAAAUACUUGUAAAUGUAAACAACCCAAAAGACGGUUGUGUGCUUUUCUACCAAGUAAGUGACACAAUAAAUUGGUUUUAGUAUCUUCACUGAAUGCCCCUGUAGAGGGCAUUCCAAACUACUUUUAUUUUAAGCUUUCUCCAAGAAAAAAGGCAAUUCUGUGCAAUAUAGCUAAAAUGGAUUGGAUGGGCCUGAAUGCAAAGAACUCCCUCAGAUAUAGGGCUGGCUCAGUGGCUACAGACAUUUUGUUUAAAUAUCUCUAUUACAGGUAGUCCUCAUUUACUGACCACUCAACAACCAUUCAAAGUUAUGACAGCACUGAAUAAUGAAACUUACAACUGGUCCUCGAAGUUACAGCCAUUGCAGCAUCCCCACAGACACAUAAUUGUGCUUCACUUGGGGACCAGCACACAUUUACGACGGUUGCAGCAUCCCACAGUCACGAGAUCACCAUUGGCAACCUUCACAGCUGGCUUCCAACAAGCA